UGUGAUGACUGUCGGCGCAUGAAGGAGAAGUGUGAGGGUGGAACACCAUGCAGAAGGUGCCUCCGCUUCCAACGCGUCUGUGAGAGAAGGCAAGCUCCAAAGACAGCUGAUUUCAGGGCCUACCACAAAGGCGCUAAAAUAGCAAACAGGGAACAACUGGCUAAGGCAGACUUUCGAGAAUUGAUCGACCGCUCAAAGUAUAUGGAACGAAUAUUAAAACAUACAAUUAAAGGUAUCCGACUUGAUUCAAAAAGUCUUGCUGAAUUAGCGGACUCGCUCGAUGCCGAUGGCGAUAAUGCAAGCCUUGUUGGCUCCGACGCCCAAGAAGUGGAAGAGGGAUUGGUGAUGGACGAUGAAGCGUGCACGAUGGAUCCGAGGGAAGAUAAUACAACACAUUUUUCCGGCGAAUUUUCAUAUUGGAACUUCUCCAUGCGGCUGAAACAACAUUUUGAGCAAAUGGGAGGAUUGGAGAGCCGGAACACAAGCGAUCGCAACAGAGGUUGGGAUUUCCCACGAGUCCACCAAUUACGAUCAGGACGUGAUCAUCUCUCAGCGGCAAUAUCAUGCUGUCCACCUCGCCCAAUUGCUGAAUUUCUGGCAAGAAUCUUUUUCAAAUAUGUGGAGACCCACUACUUUUUAGUUGAGGAGUCCUGGCUCCUCGAGAGGAUGAGUCUUCUGUACGAGGACCGCGGCAGCUUUACCACGAAGAAAGGAGGCGAGGUGAUCAUCAGCAUCUUACUUACUGUAUUCGCGAUUGGGUCCCAGUAUGCACACCUCGAGUCGUCAACGAGUAAAUCGACCGCAACCGAAGGCCAGACAUUUGCCGAAGAGGAUAUUGGUGCCAUUUUCUACGAGCAAGCGAUCCGGCUACUUCCAGAGAUUAUUGAACAAUCUUCUCUUGGAAGUGUUCAAGCCUGUCUUCUAUUUGGUUACUAUGCACUUCCUGUCGAUACCUCGGGGCUGGGGUAUAUCUACGUCAAUCUUGCAAUUCGGCUUGCAAUGCAGAAUGGGAUGCAUCGAAGAUGCAAGAACAAUGCCUUUACUACGACCAUGGUUGAGACCCGUAAUCGUGUAUGGUGGACGGCAUAUCUUCUCGAAAGGAAAAUUUCAAUCUUCCACGGAAGACCUCUUUCAGUACUCAGAACUGAAAUCGACGCGACACCGCCUGUAUAUCGGCCUGGAUCAGAAUUGGUUGACACUCGUACCAGUGUCGCACGUGCCGGGGCCUCGAUUCAAUUGAUUCAAUUCCUGGAGGACUUGUUUGGUGAUGUACGCAAACUUCGCACUUGCCGCAAACACCAAAUCCCCGAAAUAAUAUCGAGUCUCUUGACUUCAAAAUCGGCGCUGGAGAAGUGGUGGAGCUCUCUCCCCCGAGAGCUUGUGUCCAGCAGUUUGCAGCCGGUAGUGCAAAUUCGUUCCGUCAUGCAUCUUCAGCUGGAAUAUUGCUUAGUUCGCAUGUUUAUUGGGCGGCCGUUCCUGCUGAAGAAAAACAUGUCAGACUCGAUGAAUAAUUCACCAGCAAACCCAGAGUCCAGUGUCGCCGAAAAAACCCUGUCCUCAGGUGGUCCUGGUUCCAAGAACUCCUUGGGUCCUAAUGAGUUGGUCGAUGACUGUAUUAAGGCAGCGAUGGAGGCAUUGGAUCUUCUACAAGAACUUCAAGAUUGUGGGCUAGGCUUGGCACGAGCGUCAUAUAUCGAAUAUAGCUCGUGUCGAGCAUCACUUCUUGUUUUGAUUGCCUACUCAAUCCAGAGUUUCUCAGAACAGUAUCGAACACCGCUCUACAAAGGGCUGGAUAUGAUUCGAGAGAUGUCUGCGGCUGGCGAGUCGGCUCAGUCUGAAGUGUUUUUGAUUGAAACGCUUGAGCGUGCACUUGCGCGUCUCCAUAGCGGGGUCCAGCUGUCCCAGCACGGCGAAAUCAUCUCACCCGAGCGACCAAUCUCAGAUUACGAGGCUUUCAAGCAUUGGGGAACGAGAGUGAGGAAAGAUGCCGCUUUUGAAGCACCAAAUCUUGCGACAGGUCCUGCCACAAGCCAUACAGAGGAGGCUAUACUACAAGCCGGCCAAUCUCGAGACAUUUAUGCGUAUGAUCAAAAAGUGGACAUGGAUUUCAGUCAAGCAUUUAUUUCGCCCUCCGAGCAAGAUACGGAUCCGUUAGGCGCUCUUGAUCCCAUUUUUGAAUCACCAGAUUUUGGCGCUGCCAGUACAUCAUUUCCAGCGGCUUGGCCUACCUGGACGGAAUCACAAGUGCUUGAACAAUUUCUAACGAACCCACAAUACGGAUCAACUCAGGGUAUGGAUAUGAGCAGAGAAUAA